UUUCUUACCCUUUAUGUGACAGUUCUGAGCAAAAUAUUACACACGACUUUUGUUUAUUCGUUUUUUUCUUCAUAAUUUGUUAACUUAGACAUUUCAAAAAUGGAUUUAAGUCAAUUGGAAACAGAAGCUAAGCUGGCUGCUAUCAAAGAUGUUAAAAAUAUGCUACAACGUCCGGGUCAACUCGAAAAAGUCGAUCAAUAUAAGCACCGAGUGGGGCGUAAAAAGGCAUCGUUGGAAGCAAUGUUAAAAACUCAAUUCCAAAGUCAAUUGGACGGUGUUCGAGAAGGUUUGAAACAGCUUGAAGGAUCCGUGAGUGAAAUUAAAGAAGUGGACGAAAAAUUGAAAUCCGUGAACUUUCUAUUAACUGACGUGCCCAAGAUAUACGAGUCGUUAGAACGAGUUCGAGAUGAAAAUGGAAAGCAUUCACAAUACGCAACUGCGAUCGAAAACUUGAAGCACAUUUUCACCGUUCAAGCAAGUGUUACGAAGACACAACAGUGGAUCGAAGAAGACAAACUCUUGCAUGCUCAUCAGUGCCUUUCGGAUUUGGAAAAUUCACGAGAUGACUUGCUAUUCGAAUUGCACAAACUGCCGAAACAGUACGCUCACGACAAGAUCACAUUGAAGCGUUACUUCGAAAAAGUUGAAAUCGUUUCACAGCAAAUGGAACGCAAAAUUCGAUUGAUUCUCAAUCGUACAUUGGCUACCGUACGAAAGGAGCCAACCGUUAUUGUCACAGCUCUUCGAAUUAUCGAACGCGAAGAGAAAGCCGAUCAGUUCGCGUUGCAACAGCAAAAGAACACUGGAUUCUUACCACCUGGCCGGCCCAAACAGUGGCGUAAAAUGGCUCUGGAUGUUCUGAAUGAAGCGGUUACCGAACGCAUCGAAGGAUCAAAACUGGAAGAAAGGGCUGACAAUAAAAUGUGGUUGGUUCGAGAUCUGGAGAUUACGAGGCAAUUCAUUUUGGAGGACUUGAGAGUUGUUAAAUCGCUGUGCGUUCCGUGCUUUCCACCGCACUACGAUAUUAUGAAUGAAUAUGUGCGAAUGUAUCACACCAUGCUGUCAAAAUACUUGGAGGAAAUAAUUCAGAGUGGCCUAGAGGGUAAUGAGUAUGUAUCUCUAUUGUCAUGGGUCAUGAACACAUAUCCUGGCGUUGAAUUGAUGUCUCAUCCAGACUUGAAAGUCGAUUUAUCGAUAAUCAGUCCAUUGAUUCGGCCCGAAUUGUUAGCGGAAUUGGAACAGCAAUAUCUUAAGAACAUGGAAAGGAACUACGAGGAAUGGAUGAACAAAACUGUCGCAACUGAAAAACAAGAUUGGCUCAACGAUUCCCUGCCUGAGCACGACGAUACUGAAAAGUAUUAUCACACAUCAGCGCCUGUGAUCAUAUUCCAGAUGAUCAAUCAACAUUUACAAGUCACAAACACCAUACAUUCCGAGCUAACGUUUCACACUUUGGUGAUGAGUAUUCAGCAGGUGACAAAAUAUGGUGGAAAGUAUCAACAAGCCAUCCUCGAACUGAAAGAGAAACACUUCAAAGAUCGCAGUCAAAUGCCCUUUUUCACCCAGCAUAUUAUAACGAUCGUCAAUAAUUGCCAGCAAAUUAUUGAAUUGGCACAACAGAUGAAGCAAUUGUACUGGCCGAAGUCGCGCACUGAACGUUAUGAAGAGUUUGAAAAAUUGCUGCGAACCUAUCAGUUACUUCGAGACGAGGUGGCGUUCAUAUUGCUGGAAGAAGCCUUCCUCGAUUUGGAAGUUCAUUUCAACGAACUAUUCACUGUCAAAUGGUUAACUACGGCUAUUUCGGUUGAUACAAUUUGUGUUACCUUAGCCGACUACUUCCAUGACUACAAUCAUUUGCGCGACAUGAAUUUCGAGUAUGUGAUAAACAAGGCACAACAGUUGGUUACAAAACGCUACAUCCGAGCCAUGCUAUCGAAACGGAUCAGUAAACCGCGAUCGGAAUGCGAAAUCAUAUCGAAGAAGGUCAUCAAAGAAGCGCGACAGAUUAAAACUUUCUUCAGCAAAAUCGCUCCGAAUAUUUCCGAUACCGACACGCCGAUCGAUCUCAUACCAAUGCUAGCGAAUCUGUUGAUUUCGGACAUUGAAAUGCUUGUGUUGGACCUGCACACAUUGCUGGGAAAUUAUCCGUCGCUAACGGAGGAUCAUUUGGUGCGAUUAUUUUAUAUUCGUCAUGAUAUCAAGGGCAAUGAUGUGAAAGAAAAGGUUCAAGAUGCAAUGAAAUCGAAAAAGUCUAAGGUGAGUACGGACAAACAAGAUAUGAUCUUCAAGGAAAUUGUAUUCGCAAACGAUAGAUUGUGGUAGAUUACAACAAUAUUAUAACUGUUACAUUAAAGACCCAAUUAAUAUAUGAA